GAUGAUGAUAUAAAUGCAAAUGCAAAUAACUACAAGAUCUACAAUAACUGAAUUCCUUCAUAUUUACCUAUCUAGGCAAUGGUUAAAAAUAAGAAAGUCUCUCACUACUCCCUAUGUUUCCGCUUCCCCCUCCCCCUCCACCUCCCUCUCCCUCUCCCUCUCCGUCUCCGUCUCCAUCCAACAUUCCAACAAUCAUAUAAACGGAACGGUGUCAGGCACGCCUCGAAAAAAGCUAUAUAACUAUCACGAGGCCCAAAAUGGGACCGAACACAGACUUCCAAUUCCUUCUUUUCCUCGAAUCUUGUAGGUUGUCACGCUUCCUUGGAUUAUCCAAAACCUAAUCCUAGCGCUACGAGGGUUGGUCUCCUUCACCAGAUCAGACACUCCAAGGUUUCCCGUGGUUGCGAUAGGUACCCAAAGAGAUUGUACGAGCAGGCGCCCGAGAUGUCCACGGAGGAUGUGAGUUCGCGUUGUAUUACAUUGCUUGCUUUGGUUCUUGCGUCGAGGAAAAGCUGAGGAAAAGCUGAGGAAAAGUCGAGUUGUGGAUUGAACCAAGGGAAAAGCUUGACUUCGCCCAAUUUACAUAUGUACACUGACGCAAAGAUGCAAUCCACUUCCACUUCCAUUUUCAUCCGAAGUCUCCACUGUCAAUUUGUUUACCCCCCUCCCCCCAAUCACUCGAGGAUGUAUCGGUGGAAAUUUAAAGAAUCACCCCUCAUCAUCUACAAUCAACCAUCAACGCCCACACGCAUAUGUAUAAUACAUACAUGUAUACAUAUAUACCUAGCAAGAUCACAUACAUACAAUAAAUACCUAAGAUUCUCACCAGCAUCGUCACAACAUCCAUCUGUCUAUCAUUCGUUCCGUUCUCACAUCUCAAAUUAUAUAAAUCAAUCAUUUGGCGUGUAUCACGAGAUGUCCUCAUAAGCGUAUUGGCGCACAAGGCCGUGGACCAACCAGACCAAAUCCUAAUCAUUAAACUCAUUCACUUCCUCCCUACCUACGUACCAACCUACUACAUACAUACGCUCGUGUCAGGAGGGGCAAUAGGAAGAGUGAGCGCGCAAAGUAUCAGCAGCAAAGCCUCGAUCCAAAGUAAUCCUCCAACUUCCAACCCCCCCCCCCCCAACCAACAAAUAACAACCACUUACGACUUACGACUUACAACUUUUGCUUCUUCUUCUUCUUUUUCUUAAAAUCUUUACAAACAACAAAUCUACGUACAAACAUAUAUUGUGUGGUCUCCGGACACAUACAAUUUACCCUCACCUUUUUGGCAAUAACGACAGGGUAAAUAAUCCAGAAUGCCUGAAAGAGUGGUCCGCAGCUCUUAUCAUGACCGAGAGGUCGACUAUUAUUCUUCCGAUGAAGAACGGUCAUCUUACGGCCGCUCGAAACCAAAUGGUAGUACCUAUCGUACCGUCCAACGUUAUCGGGUCGCACCUAAUCGACUCGAGGAAGUAGACGACACUCGAUCCGUUCGCUCUUCUCAUCGAGAGUACGAAACUCGACAAGGGGACCGAAUUGAAGUGGAUCGUCGAGUCGAAAUCGAGCGCGAGCGCGAACGAUAUGAACCAGAAGUACGACGGACGGAGCGCAUCGAAGUCGACCGAAGAGUUGAGGUCGAUCGCGAAAGAUACGACCCUGAGCCAAGACGUACCGAACGUAUUGAGAUUGAUCGAAGAGUUGAAGUGGAUCGUGAACGAUACGAACCUGAAAGACCUCGUUCAUCUAUCGACUAUGACCGAGCGGUGGAAUACCAGAGAAGUACAGUCGAGCGAGCCAGAGAACCCGAACGAGAUCGCACCAGAACAGUAGUCUAUGAGCGAGAGCGGGAACGAAGCGGGAGCCCCUUACCUUGGGAACGGCGCCGGAAUGAUAGACCAUGGGAGACGGAACGGGAGGUUCGCGAGUCUGAUGUCACAGUUGAGAAAACUAUAGCUCGACGUCAUAAUGAACCUUAUGAACUCGAAAGAUACUCCCGAGAAACCGAAUACUAUGAUCGACCAGAACCUACCCCACCACCAAUUAUCAUUCGACAAAGAGCUCCAGAACCCCAACAAAUCAUUGUUCAAGAGGCGCCAAGCCCGGCUCCAAUUAUCAUACCUCAAAGCGCGCCAGAAUCACAACGGGUUGAAGUCAUCGAAAGGAAGACGGAAAUACAACAAGAAAUCGUUCCACGGCCUGAGCCGCGCAGAGAAGAAGAUGAGUACUACUAUCGCAGGGAUGUUCGCGAGGUUAGUGGAAGAAGAGAUCGUGAUGAUGAUUAUGAUCGUCGUUACGAUGAUGGAUACGAUAGCGAAGGUUAUGUCAUACGAAAGAAGGUUGUCAAGAGAGAAACGCGCAGUCGCAGUCAUAGUCCUCAUCACAGAAGACAUUUGGCAGAAGGUGCCUUAGCGGGAGCUGGUGCAGCUGCUCUUUUGGCAAGCCACAAGGAAAAGCAAGGAUCUGAAGUUGCUCAUCGUGGCAGAAACGUUAUUGGCGGAGCUGCUCUAGGUGCGAUUGGUGCUGAAGUAGUUACAAGAGCACGCAGCCGUUAUCGCGACAGUCGUGAGGGCAGAAGCAGGUCCAGAUCAAGCAGCCCACAUGGUCACAACAAGCUAAAGACCGCCCUUGGUCUGGCAGCUGCAGCAAUUGCCGCUGGAGCUGCAGUCAAAUAUGCCCAGAACAGAACUGCAAACAAGGAAGAGAUGGUUCGUGGCCGAAGUCGACAGAGAAGUAUGUCUCGUGGUCGCCGCUAUUCUGAUGGCGAUGAAUAUUGGUCCGAUGAGUACGAAAAGCGUACUACCAUCAUACGCGAUAGAAGCAGGAGCAAGAGCAUACAUGCUGAUCCGGCGCAUCGCAAGAAAUCCAUGGCAAAAGCUGGAGCUGGAGCUGCUAUAGUCGCUGGUGUCGCAGAGCAUUUCCGAAAUAAAUCGCGAAAGCGUAGUGGUCAACGAUCGCAAUCACGAAUUCGAACCGCUGCGGAGAUAGCUGGAUCAGGUCUUGCGGGUGCUGCAGUGGCCGGUUUGUAUGAGAAUAGAAAGGCCAAGCAGGAGGCCGAGGAAGACGAUGUAUACGAGAGACAGGAGAGAAGAAGAAGCAGGACUAGGAGUAGGACUAGGAGCAGAACUAGAAGCAGGUCGAGAGCCAGAUCUACAGGCGUACAUUCUGAUCCAGGUGUUGACCCAGAAUUAGGCAUGGUUCAGUACGGUACUGAACCUGUAUACACGCACCAGCAGCCAGCACCAUUCGAUCGACCUAGCGAGUACGAUCCAGCUGUCGCGGCGGCCACAGCUGGAGCUGCUUACGGUGCUACCAGACGUAGUCGAAGCCGAUCGCGCCGACACAAACGAGACUCAUCUAACGAAGAUGGAGAACGACCACGAUCGCGAUCACGAAGUAGAAGCCGUAGCAGAGUACGAGAUCUUGCUGCUGGUGCGUUGGGUACGGGUGCGGCCGCUAUUGGAAUCAACGAAUAUAGAAAGAGAAAAGAGAAAAAGGAAAAAAAGGAGAAAAAGGAUGCAGAAAAACAUGAGCGUGAGCGCGAACGAAGACGCUAUGAAGACGAAGCACCUGAGAGUUACUACACGAAUUUCCGUGAUGAGACAUAUUCGCCUUCGCCGCCUCACGCUUCCGGUGGUUCAUACUAUCCUGAAAACAAUGCAUUCCCACCACCUCCUACUUCCAACCCAGAAACUUUCACCAACCAUGGAAAUAAAUCUACACCUUUUGUUAAUGAAAUCCCUCCUAUUCCUCCUUACAAUCCUCAAGACUAUGCAAGUCAACGUCCUACCACUCAUGAUCCUCAUCAUUACCCACCUUCAUCCAGAGUUCCUGGUGACAAUGUGAGUACUCAUCAAUCUUCGAAUCCCGAACCUUUUAUGACAGUACCUCCUCAUACAAGAGAGGAGUCUUAUUUCCCUUUUCAUGAAACCUCUCCACCUCAAACUGAUCAUGUUUACGACCGGGAGGAUCGUUUAAAUGUUCCAACGCCAUCAACGCCCGAUACACCCUUAACACCAAUCGAAGCUACUCCCUCAAACAAAUCUGUCAUGUUCGCUCCUCUAUCUCCCACUUCUUCCCGUCGCUUAGAACGUAUACGUAAUUCUAAAGCGGAUCAAUCAACUUCCACUGUUAAUACAUAUGAGCAACCCAAUCCAUCUUCGGAUCGUCGUUAUAGAAGAAGACGAAGGCGUAACUCGGAUCCUUCUUCUGACCGACCUUCAAGGCCUCGUAAACAUCGUAAACAUAGGAAAGGAAGACAUAGUGAUGAGAGUGAUAGUGAAAAGAGUGAGGAUGAAGAAGUGGAGGUGUUGCCAGCGAGGUUUGAUAAAGAAGGGAGACCGUUAAGUAGGGAUAGGAGUGGAAGUCGGGAAAGAGAUAUUGCAAAGGAGUUUGGGGGUGGAAAUGAAAUGGUUGAGAGGGUAGUCAGGGGGGUAGGGGAAGUGGUUGCGGGAAAACAGACGUGGAGUGAUUUGUUGAUGGGGUUUGUUAAGGACGGUGGGUUGGCAGGUGGUUCGACUCGUGGCUCGGUUGCGGAUUUUGAGGAUGAGGAGAGGGAGAGUCGUAGGGAGAGAAAGGAAAGGAGAGCGAGUAGGAGUAGGGCAAGGGAUAGGGAUAGGGAUAGGGAUAGAGAGAUUUAGGGGUUGGAUAUAGUGGAGCAGUGCUUUCUUUCUCGUUUUUGUUACUCGUCAAUUUUUUCCUUUUUGCGAUGCUUGGGAUGAGUAAUGAUGUCACGGCCGUGGAAAUAAUACCUUGACGUGAGCUUUGCGGUGGAUUUUUUGCGUUGGAUUUCAUUUGCGUUGGCUCUUUUUUCUUUCUUCCUUUUUUCUUUCAGAUAUGCGUUUUAUGAUCAUCACGAUAUCAUGGAUAAUGGAUAUGAAUAUGAAUAUGAAUAUGGACACGAAUUUCUUUUGGCUUUGCGUUUUGGAUUUUGGAUUUGAAUUUGGGUUUGGAUUUGGGUUUUGCUGAAAUCAAAUACCAACUUGAUUGAUUGAUAGGAUGAGAUGUGCGAGAAAAUGAUAUGAUAUGAUAAUGAUA